AGCGCUCCAGAGUUGUGGGAGUAUCGCUUACGGUGUAGCGAGUCGCCAUGUCUGGCCGUGGCAAGAGCGGCGGUAAGGCCCGAGCGAAAGCCAAGUCUCGCUCGUCCCGGGCUGGAUUGCAGUUCCCCGUCGGGCGUGUUCAUCGGCUGCUGCGGCGCGGGCACUACGCGGAACGGGUGGGUGCCGGCGCUCCGGUGUACCUGGCCGCCGUGCUGGAGUACCUAACGGCCGAGAUCCUAGAGCUGGCGGGCAACGCGGCGCGCGACAACAAGAAGACGCGGAUCAUCCCCCGUCACCUGCAGCUUGCGGUGCGCAACGACGAGGAGCUCAACAAACUGCUGGGCGGUGUUACCAUCGCGCAGGGCGGUGUGCUGCCCAAUAUCCAGGCUGUACUGCUGCCCAAAAAGACCGGGGGCGGCGGGGGCCCUACCAAACCCGGCAAGAAGGGCAGCCGGCAGCAGUCGCAGGAGUACUAGGGCGGCCGGGCUCCGACCCUCCCCGGCGCCACACAAAGGCCCUUUUCAGGGCCACCCCCAUUUCUCACCGGGAGAGCUGCGAUCCGCAGGGGGGAGGGUAUCGCGUUUGUCCCGCCGCCGUGGCGGGGGAAGUGCCGGGCCUCGCCUGCCCUAUCGCA